CGAAAAGGGCAGUCUGCAGUGCCCCUUCCCGCCAUUGCCCUCCAACGCAACCAUCAUUUACCUACCGUACCCUUCCCCCCUCGUCCCUCUUUUUUCCCGCCCCCUUCUCACCAUUUUGACCGACCCCUUCGCUUCUUCACCACCACCCGACGGCCGACCAUCGUCACCACCUCACCCUCUGCCCGACCGACUUCCCUCAACAGUCCCUUACGACACACGAUCGGAGCACGCCGGCCGGAACUGCGAUUGCGACACGACAGGCUACCUACCUGAAGAUAGGACAGGACAGGACCACUGGACUGAAGGGGGAAAAAAGCGGAGGAUUCUGAGACACCGAAGGGUUUUUUCGUUGUUGUUUAUUAUUCUUUUUUCUUCUCGGCUCUCGACAUUCUGUCAUGACAAUUGGCGGUCCUGCAAUUGCGACCACUAUUACCUACCUACUAAGGUGCUACGACCCGACCUCCACUAUUCCCGAUCCCCGAGCUUUGCUUUAAGUUUCAGCGCGCCGAGACGACGGCCCCCCCGAGCUCGAUAGCUACAUUACCUGCUACCACCUGAGGAACUAGACGCUUGCAUUUACCGAAGUCAAAGGCUUCCCUUGCAGCAAUCCCCCUCCCCCUCCCCCGAACUCCCCGACGCCGGGGCUCCCCUUUUUCACGCGACGACGCUUGCGACCUGCGGCUUGUGAAUUCCAUUCCAACCUAGGCACUGCCCUAUCAGGACAGCUGUCUCAUGCCCCAUCGCAAGCCUUGCGUCAAUUGAAUCGCCACCGAAGCGCGGUUCGCCCUCCUAUCACCCUCGACGUCUUUUAAUCGCCAGCCCAAGGCCCGCUCGUCCUUAUGCCCAACUACGGCUCACUACACUCGCCAUCGCUCAGGAAAAUGGAACAGUCCAGAAUUCAGUACGGGCGGAAGCGCCUAAGCCUUGGGAAUAUCAUCGGUGACCCAUUUGCCUUGGCCACCAUCUCCAUUGCUUUUCUUGCCUGGAUCAUUUCCUUCUUCGGUUCCUUGUUUGCCCACAUCAAUCAGCCACCAAAUAUCUCCGGAGUCAACAACUCCUUUCCCCUGUAUACGUGGUGGGCUGUUGUGUUCUACUUCUUCCUCGUCGUCGGCGUUUUCAUCGUUGUCGCUUCGGACAGCGUUCAGACCUACCAUGUCGCCAUUGUCGGAUACCUCGGUUGCGGGCUUGUGCUGUCCACAUCAGCAGUCCAUGGCUUGAUCUACUCCAACAUUGGCUCUCGUGAGGCGGCUGCCGCCGGCAUGAUCCUGCUGGCCAUGGUCACCAUUGUCUGGAUCUUCUACUUUGGUUCGGCCCCGUCGGCAGUGCCACGCGCUUACAUUGACUCCUUUGCGCUCGCCAAGGAGUCAUCCACCAACCGACAGACGAUGAACACCGGUUACGGCAUUGGCCGCCCCGAGACAUCAACCUCAGUCCAGCCCCCACAGAUGUACACAGCUCAGCUUAACGGUCUCGAGAACCCAUCGCCUGUAGGAGGCAUGCAGUCGUCUGGCAUGCGCAACUCUGCUGUCCCCCCGCCUUUCCAGUCAACACUUGGUCAAAAGUCCAACGGCUUGCCAGGAAGCUCCGAUGGGGACAUUGCUCCUCCCACCGAAUACCCAUACCGUGCCAAGGCCAUCUACAGCUACGAGGCCAAUCCCGAGGACGCCAAUGAGAUUUCAUUCCAGAAGCACGAAAUUCUCGAAGUCAGCGAUGUCAGCGGCAGGUGGUGGCAAGCGAGGAAAGAGAAUGGCGAUACGGGUAUUGCGCCAAGUAACUACCUCAUUCUGUUAUAGACGACUGUCGAUGGAAUGAGAGGCUCAGGAGAGCUUGCAAUUCAUCACAGCACACUACACUACAGCACACAGCCCAGCACAGCAUGAUUGGGAAAACAGUCGGCAAUUACCGUGGGUGCGCACGUACAACAUUGUGGAUGAUUAUUUUUUCUGUUUUUUUUUGGCUUGGUCGUCGGCAAAUGACACGACACACUGGCCUUUUUAUAUACCCAGCAAGAGUUUCGGUGCGGGCGGCGGUGAUUCGACGGUGGUCUGGAGUUUGGCGCAGAAAGGGUGACGCUCGACUGGGAACCGGACAACAAAACCAAUGAUUCUCUGGGACGGACAGUUGAAACGGGCGCUCAAUUGGCGCGCCCGCUGAUGCUCGAAGAUGCUGAGCUCAUGGAUAGAUCACUCUGGCUGCCAGAUUGGAGACAGAAAGCAUGUCCUUUGACUACGGAUGAUGCAUUGUCUCUUGGUGUUGAUAUUCAGCGCCUUGGAUCUGUUUGGAUUAGGGGGAAAAUCAAGACGGGCGGAGCAAAGAGGAUAGAGGGAGAAAAGAGACAGCAUAGGAAGGGGCUCUUUGGGUGGGGAAACACUUUGUCUCCCUCUCUCUUGGACCAGGUUCUGCGUGCCUGACUGCGUGUGUGUGUCUGUGUGCCAAGUGUGGGAUUAGGCAUUGCCAGCUCUCUUGUCUUUUUUUUUUUCUAAUGAUAUUUCUGGGCUGGGCGGGACUUGGUAUUUGUUCUUGUUAAAACACUUGGUUUUUUUUUUUUUUCUCUUUUUUUUUUUUUUCUUUUCUUCGUACCAAAACAGUACCCCCUUGGACGCUAAGCUUUAUCUACCACUCUUGAGUCGGACAACCGAACGGCAAAACAAAAGGAUGAAGCCUUUUUUAACACCACCUCACUUGCUUCAAAAGCUGGGAGUCUGUCGCUUUUUGUCCUUAAUGAUGUGGUUGGGUUUUGUGUUUCUCGGAUAAUUCUAUGUCGCGAUGCUUGACUGGUUUCGUUCUGUUUCUGUUUCGACGAGUAUUCCAUGUACGAUAUUUCGGCUUGGGUUUGACUGGGUCUCUUGGGGCAUUUGGAACGCCGGGUAGUUCAGAGCUUGGUUGUUCUGGAAUGGGACGAGGAAGAGCUGGCAAAAAGGAAUAGGGGUGGAAGAUAGGUGGUUAGAAGUCCAGAAGUAUAUAGGCACGUUUCAAAACAUGUCUGCUUGAGCUUGUUUAAGUGAUUCUCGACACCAACUGCUCCGCUGUUGAGCAUCAUCUUCUUUCUAAUCUAAACCGCAACUGAAGACGGAGCUUCAUCUCCCUUGGCAAUUGAUCCACCAUCCAUGGACUUGCAGCCUCUCUAGCUCUGCUCAAUAAUGCCAUGCUUCUCUUGUCUCUGGCCAGACAUCGUCCCCCUCGUUCAAUAUUUGCCGAUAAUAUUGACUGCUCAGCCAAACCAGUCACGGCAGCUAGCCGCCUGGUGUUUCCGCACCGAACUUAAGUCCAGAGAGUUGUCUCGUGUACGAGCCCCUCCGUAUGAAAACCUCCGAGGCAUCACGUUUGUGGCUACCAUUGUUCGAGGCGUCUUUCCUACCCGCCCUCCAUUAUGCUGCUCGUGACCAGGCUCUGAAAUAUCCUUACAACAUUACCCCAAGUCGAUGGCGUGUCCAGAAAGACCGCGAACUGGCAUAGCUCUGGAUCUCGCUGGCCAACUCGGUAGCAGCAUAGUCGACAUACUUAUGGAAGCCUGUCAAACGCUCUCUCCGUCUCUCAAGACAGAAGAUUCGAGAGUCGGUCCCGUUGGGCAGUCCUUUGCUGCCUUUAUUCCUCCCAAUCACCAAAAAAAGAUGACAAUCAAUGUCUCUCAAGCCUCUUCCUCAGCUCCCUCUCCUUCUGCUGCACCUCCAUUUCCAACCUCUCCACGCUGUACUUGAGCGCUUCCUUCCUCUGCGCCACCACCUUGGCCCUCAGCGCCGCUGACCCAUCCAACCUGCCCGAUCGUGCUGCCCUCAACUUCUUCUCCCGCUCUCUCUCCUGCUGACGCCUCUGUCUUUCCUGCUGGGCGGAGCUGGCACCCUCGGAAGUGUAGUGCGACAGUCUCCCGGCGUUUAGCUCGGCUCUGGCUUUGAGCGUUUCUAUCCUUCUUGCUUGGCGAUCAAUGUUCUUUUCGGCGCGGUCGAGAAGCAGCGAGAUGAAGGGUCCGAUCUCAUCGCGGAGAGAGGCUUCCGCGGCGGCCAGGGUGGGCUGGGGGAUGAGUUCGUAGUGGCGGACGGUCUUGAGGAGGGAUGUUAGGCGGGGAAAGUCGGAGAUGCCAGCGUCGAGGGUGGAGACGGAGGAUUGAAGGUAGGAGAGGGAGGUUCGGAGUGAGGUAACGCACGAAGCGUAGGAGGGUUGUCGUUGCUGGUAGGAUUGGUAGGCCAUUUUUUGUUUUGUUUACUUGGUGAUGGUGUUGGGGAGAGUUGGGUGUUGUUAAGCAAAGCGUGGUGGGGGCAACCUUUUUGGCCAUGCACAGACCACCACACGCUUGGCUGGUAGCUUUCCUCCAAGUCCACACCUUGAACCGUUCCAGCUGUUUCAACCGUGACAAUGGCGCCUUUGUCAGUCGAGUUUACUAGCGUUCACAGCUCAGAUGACAGCGCCACAGACAAGCCAGAGGAAGAAUGGUUUAGGCAGCCAGCAUGAUAAAUUCUCUGCAUGAGCAACGUCCGUUUGGUGGUUGCUGUUCUCUCCCAUCAUCACCACCACCCUAGCAGUCCUCUGCUUUGAUCAGCAUAACACCACUUUCCAAGAUGGCACACAAAGACCCGUCACCAGAGAGAGCCGCGCGCGGGCGACGAACAAUAAGAAAGCCGUUGCAGAAAUAGUCACUGAGAUGGGCCGCCGCAAGCGAGCAUCCCAAAAGACGCCAGAAACCGUGGAGAAGGCAGAGGAAGCGAAAAAGGCCAACGUUGCCGUUGUCCCAAAGACAACCCAAAAAAUUGCUUCCAACACUGGAUGUCGUUUCCUCUCUUCAUUUCUACCCUUCGGAUUCCCCAAAGACUUCCAAGUCGGAGCCGGCCAAGGACAAGGUAGACGCACCAGCCCCGUCGCAAUCCUCACGACGGUCGAAGCUCGAGAGCGAAAAGUUAGCUUUGGCUCAGAAGCUAUCCAAAGGGGAGAUCACGCCGGCGGAAUACGAGAGAGCGAUGUGUCUGCUCUGGGACCGGCCCAAGCUGUCUGCGGACAGGGAAUGGGCCAUCUGACGAGAACGAGAACACCGUCGACGACAGCAACCAGCAGAACGGCGGGCGCUGCGUGUUGAUGUGAUGGUCUCGUCUUCACAUGGUUCAAUUCUCGGACGUUUUUCAUGGGUCCGGGGAGCUGAGCUUGAACUGGAGAAGACGAAUGAGUCGGCAACCGGCAACAGCGGUGGGGGGGGGAAAGCUCGGACUUGGAUAGCGCUUCUCUAUCUACACUAGCUCUCGCUACCCCAGACUUGGCACAAACUUGCGAAUGGAGUCAAGCAUCCCAGCGACCCAAUGCGCUGGGAGGAAGUGCGCUAGCAGGGACCGGCCUCAACCCCGCAGCGUUUGUCAGUUGUUGUUCAGGCCCAGACAGGCAUCGAGGACGAACGAGGUGGAUUUUUUUUCAAUCAGCUGGGAAGAGGCGAGAACGGCAUUUCAUUUUGGCAAGGUGGGGGGGACAGCUUGGACGGCUUGGACUGCUUGGGAUUGUCGGAAAUACUCGGUAUCAUGCCACAAGUUUCUCGACAUGUCAGUUCAGAGUUUUUGUCUUUUCUCAUACGGAGUAAUUCGUCUAAAUCAAAUAGAUGCCUUAUCGCUUCAACAAGAUGGCUUGGAAAAGUGUAGGUACAUCUGAUGUGUGAAUUCGGAGAAGAUUACCC